AUGAAUCUGGGCGCGCCUCCCACCUGUCCUGGCCUCCUGCCGAAUUUAGCACCUGGCGGAUCCGCACCGGUGCAAACUCAGUCCCUUGGGAAGCCUUGGUACCGGCGCGCUCGUGAACGUAACAGAAUAUUAGCAGGCUUUGGACGCAGCCGAACUUCGCACCCCGCAACACUUGCGCUCAAUUCCGGCGACACCAGAAUUGCCUCCAUGAGCUCACAAAGCAGCUCCGCCGAGCUUGACGCCGCUAAAGAGCUUCUUUCGCUGUUGUCGAGCGCCGAAAACAGUCUGAACGGCACUGGCAAUCAUCUCCCUGCCCUCGCUACCGCUACCGCUACCGCUUCCGCUCCCGCUCCUCGAGCGGCAAGGGUACGACGUUGGCCUGUCGCCAGACCUCCGCGCGGAACGAAAGGCCUCAAAGCGUCACUUGUCAGGGCCGAUGUCCAACGGUACCAACAACGAUUGGCCGACGAGUGGACAGCGCAACCCCUGGACGAAGGAACGCCGAAAGAUUUCUGGAAGAUCUUGAAACUCUUGGGUUUUCUGGUGCCCGACUACGCGGUGGCAAUCAGGGGGUGUGACCGCUCAGUCCUAGCUGAGUUCUUCGUCAAGGUCGACUGCCUUGGAGCUAUAUAUGGCUGGGAGGAGACGCGCGCGCCGAACGCGAAGAUCUGGGACGAUCAUAUUAGAACUAUCUAUUCGAUCCACGACGUUCAGUACCUUACACUCCUGGGAAUGAUCGGUGACUACCUCGAGAGGGAGAAGUGGCAGCUCGAGCCUUGA